AUGAAUGGACGGGUUCUAGACCCAAAUGAGUCGCCCACUUUUGGCAAGUCGUUGCUGCUCUGUGUCGAUAAUGGCAUUGGAGCCAUGUCAUUAUCGCCCAAUGGAAGAGAUGCCGUUCUUGCAGGCCGAAUAGGUCUAUAUAUAAUCGAUAUGGACGAUCCCUUCACUCCUCCGCGAUGGCUUCAGCAUUUGACGUCUUGGGAGGUUGCCGAUGUACAAUGGUCGCCGCACGCUUUCCAGAAGCCCUCCUGGUGCAUUUCAACGUCUAACCAGAAAGCCCUUUUAUGGGACUUGAGUCGACCGUCUCAUAAUGCCAUUGCCAACAUUCUUCAUUCGCACACUAGAGCCAUAUCGGAUAUCAACUUCCACCCUUCAGAUCCAGAAGUUCUCGCAACCUGUGCAAUUGACACAAUGGUGUUUACCUGGGACAUGAGGACGCCGCGGAAACCGGUGACCAAAUUUGCUGAUUGGCGAGCGGGGGCCAUCCAGGUCAAGUUCAAUCACAAAAAUGCCUACGAAGUUGCGCUGACCCACGAUAAUGUGCUAUACGUGUGGGAUAUGAGGAGCGGGGCUCAGCCUUUGGUCAAGGUGGUGGAUGCACACCAGGGCAAAAUCAACGGCUUGGAUUUCUCGCAAGGAUUGAAGAACGUGAUAACUUGCUCGAACGACUCGACUAUCAAGUUUUGGGAUUUAGAACUGAACAAACCCGUGCCGCAUGCGAGCGACUUUGACUUUCAGCAAUCUAUUGACAUAGCCGAAUCCGAAAGCAAAGUAGAGCCUGGUGUGGUGAUCAAGACCGAUUACCCAAUUUCACGUGCUCGGACUUUGCCAUUUGGUUCUGACAGGGCUUGUGGCGUGAUGCCUCUUCUCGGUGGCGAUGACUCCAUCCAUAUCAUAAAUUACGAAGAUGCUUAUCAAAAAUAUCUCGACACAGGGUCAACACAAACAAUCUCGGGCGAACCUGCUUACUCGUUCAAGGGACACAAUGGGCCUAUCAAGGAUUUCCUAUGGCGAACGAAGCGUGAGAGUUAUGAAGGAUUUGGCUCAAAAAAUGCGUGGAAGGAGUAUCAAUUGGUGACCUGGUCCAGCAAGGACGUCAACUUGAGGUUGUGGCCACACGAAGAUGAAAUCUACAAGCUGGUCAAUUACAAUCCGACUUUUUUUAGCUUCAAAAAUGAGCUGGACUCAGAGGUUAGUGAAGUCAAGUCUCCUCAAGACCCCAAGGCAUAUCACUACCGGACUUAUUGCUGCGAGCCGGAAGAGACAAUAGAGGAUUUGGCCAACAGAAAGGGAGGCGACGUUUUAUCGGCGCUCACGCUUUUCCAAAUAUCUCUAAAACGGCGGCAGCCUAGAUUUGUCAACCAGGUGGAUCAAUUAAACUGGAUCUCGGGCGUUCGUAUUGGGAACGGACCGGACCGCAAAAGCAGCUCUGCCAGUGUAGAAAAUGUCGGGCCCUCGAACUUGGGAGAAGAGGUUAGUAUGGUGGGACACAAGUUUCCCUUUAUACGAUUCGAAAAGAUUUCAGUGUCCACAGGAGAACUAGUAAUCAGCUUGAGGGGUCUUAUUCCAGUCCAGGCCCGCACGCUGCCAAACGUCCGCAGUUCUGAAAACUUGAACGAUUUGUUGAGCCCGACUGAUGAAGACAAUACAAAAGAAAAGAGCGUGAUUAGCGAGAGCGUCGCCGAUGGCAAAAGUCAUUAUACCGAAGCUAAUGCAAGUAAAUCCAUUGAUGAAAACUUGGAAGACCGUGAGCAACAGUUGAUAUUCAUACGAGUUGCAAUCAAUUUCCCCAGAGCUUACCCUUAUUUACAGGAAAACAACAAUAUGACCGAAGAUCACUCAAAGCGACUGCGACUGCGACUGCGACUGCAACCGCAACUGCAUAGGCAACUGCGAGAAAACUCUAUACAAUUUUCGAUUGAAGAGACUCAUGAGUUAGACAAGGAGACAAAGUUGAUUAUGGAACAACAUUUGCGUGAAAUUGCUCAUUUUUUUGCAAACAGACACCACAGGUUCUGCUUGGAGCAGUGCUUGAGAUACUUGAUGGGGGAAAAGAUUGACUUGAAUGACCUGUUGAUCGUUGAGAACCGACAUGAAAGCGUCGACGAAGCGGACUUUGGAAUCGAGGUUGGAAAUGAAGGUUGGGUCGACGACUUGAUACACCAACAGCCAGACUUUGAUGUGAAUGGAUACUCAUCUGGCGAAGAAGCAGAUGCUGAUCUUGAAGACUUGAUGCCCAGUGCAGAUGCAAAAGAUGACAUUUUUUUCGCCAAUAGUCUAAGCCCCGGUGCCAGAGACGACAAUCUCCAAGAAAUUAGGGCUGUACAGCAACACGGAUUUGACUCGACGCCAUUACCCAAAGGAUGCGGGGCGGUUUGGUCACCCAAUGGUCAUUUGGUUUGCUUUUUCAUGCAAAAGACUACACGUACCACUAGGGCUGAAGCAAGUCUCAAGUCAGAUGACACAAGUGUAAAAGCUUAUGAUCCACACUUGGCUGGCGAUACUAGAGAGAGGAGGGUUGAAGUACUUGAUGACGGUGACAGUUCUGAUCUGGAUGACUUCAAUUCCAAUGCGCUGGAAAGCACUUCAUCUGAAGAAGACUUCCACGAGGAUUAUGCAAAGUUGUUAAAGACUGAUGCCGCCAGUAGAGGACGGGUCACGGCUUUAUUCAAGUCCAGUUUUGGACUUGGCGGCCGAUUCAUUGACCGCGACAGUAGCCACAAGUCAUCAUUACAUCGUUUCGCCAGCAACAGUGCUGUUUCAAACAAUCGGUCCUCGGUGAAGGAUGACAAGAAGAAAGAUUUCAAAACUGAUGCUACGGGACCAAACGUUGUGAAAAUUUACGAUUUCAGUCAAUUUUUACCCGAGCGAGUUGACUUGGCCAAGGAAUACAGAGUCACGGGGGAUACUUCGGCCAACCUUGCUGCUUUCAAUGCCAAGGUUGCUGCUAAGUACGGCUUGAAAGGAAUCAGUGAUACAUGGCGAGUACUAGAAGUCAUUUUAUCUGGUAAUGUCACGUUAUUACCCCUUUUGGGUUCCCAAAAAAAUUCCUCCACAAAGCAUGAAAGUCUUCUGAUUUGGGGGGCGCAUCCAUUUGGGUAUACUUGGCUCAUACCUGAGAUUUUUGAGUUUUAUUGGAAAAGGGAAAACACGCAGAUGCUCGCGGUGAUGUCCUGUGUUGUCCAAGGUGCUGAAGAAGCCACCAGUCACCCACUGCAUAUUAGGGACCUUGCUCAAUUUCACUUCCCUUUGCCAGACGCUGCAAACUUUCCUACCACUCGAGGACAAGAACGCCAAGUCGGAUCUCGCGGGUCGUACUCAAUCCCCUACAACGGUGGUAGCAAGACUGUACAAGACGAUAACCAAUUACUAUUAAUGCUAUCCUCGUCAUUCAACUUGCUAAAGGAAUUGCCUGCAACGGCGACGUCUUAUCCGCAGUCGCAAGUUUCCUCCUUGGACAAUGGCGCCGAGACGAACGAGUCGCCAGAGCGAUAUAGCCAUUAUAAAAAGCUGAGGCCAGGCGCUUUGACAUCCAUGAGCUUGCACAAUGGCUCCAACUCGUCGUUGACGGAGGCAAAGUACGACCCAAGGUAUGAUUCAAAAUACGAUCAAAAGUAUGAUCCAAAGUACGAUCCAAAGACCCCCACUACCAGCAGGACCUUGAACUCCUUCUUCCAACCGAGCCAGAAAAGGCAUCACCAAAAUGCAAUAAGAGCCAAAGUACUACAGCCAUCGCCCGUGGUGACGGUGGAAAUGAAUGGAGAUUUCGAUAUGGAUAUCGAUCAGGAGUUGCAAUCUGUGCCAGCUUUCUUAGACGACGACAAAAUCAGUCUUAUUCGGUUGCGCUAUGCCGAUACUCUUUACGAUUGGAAUCUUCCCAUUCACCGGCUUGAGAUAUUAAACUUUAGCAGCACAAGCAAGAGUGAGCAAUUAAAAACUUCUUCUUUUUCGAUGCACAAGUGUCCAAUUGGACUUCGCAAAAAGAACAGACAGUUGCCAAGUCAAAUCUUUAUCAACACUGUUUCCAUGGUCAUUUCCAAUUCGCAAAAUGCUUGGAAUACAGACAAGAGACAAGCUAUAAAAUACUGCGUCUACUGUCAAUUGGCAAUAACUAAAAGCUUUACCUUGUGCAGCUCUUGUGAACAUGGGCUCCACUCGCUGUGCGCCAAAGAGUGGUGGUCCGGCGAAGUUUUAGAGUGUCCGAGCGGUUGCGGGUGCACAUGCGUGGACCAUUCAUUCUAUCGCUAG